AUGAAGACGGUGGCGAGAAAAACGUCGGUGUGGUCGAACGCGCUCGCGGCGAGCGCGACGGUCGCGGACGCGACGACGGCGAGGGACGACGCGCGCGCGAAGGGUGCGAGUUUUGAGGCCCGAGGGGAGGACGAGGAGGCGCGCGUGCGACGGGCGGCGAGCGAAUUGCGGGUGAAGUUGCUCGAUGAGAUCGUCAGAGGGGCGGCGAAGCGCGAGCCGAGCGAUGAAGACGGGGUGAGGGGGUCGGAGGAUGCGGACGCGCGACGAGCGAGACGCGCGGGGCGAGACGCGUUUCUCGCGGCGACGGCGAAGGAUGGAGACGAAGACGAGGACGCGAUCGCGCGGAUGCGCGCGGCGGUGAAUUUCGUCAUGGGAUUUUGCGCGGAGAUUUUGCAACCGAGCGAUGACGGCGGUUCGCCGGCGGUGAUGCCGCCGCUCGGGACGCACGUCAUUCUACGCGCCGACGUCGAGGCUGAAGGCGAGCGAAGCGUGUACUUUCAAGAGCAAUGUUCUUACGAUUUCGACGAAAUACGCACCGCGGAUCACUUCAUCGACUAUGAACGACAGUUUGUUCACGCGAGCGCCAAGGUUCAAACCGCGCCGCGGGUGUCAACAUCCGGGUCUGUGAUCGACGUCCACUUCGAUUUGCCGAAGCCGAGCGACAGUUCGACCACGAACAAUAUUCGAGAAGGGAACUUUGUCGAAGUGCGCGGAUGCUCUGGCCACCCGGAUUACUUGGGACGGCGAGGCGAAUGCAACAACAGUGGGGAAGUGUUUGAGUUCAAUUUACCGUCGCUUCGCAUCUCUGGUCUCGGUCGAGCGUACCCCGUCGCCGAAAUCGUAGGCGAAGUGACUGUUCGAGGUUGUACGUCGGGAUUGAAAACGUCGCUAAAGUUUCGACCGUUCGACGUGGAAACGUCGCCGUCGUUUCGAAACAUCGUCAGCGGAACCAUGGUUCGAAAUAACACCGAGGUCAAACGAUUGAUUCUCGGCACUUGGGACACGCGGGUGUUGCUCGGCUGCAUUUGCGAGGAUCGUGACUCGCUCGACGACGUCUUGCACGCCGCGAGAGAUUUCAAAGUCCCUCCGUUGACGACGGCGACGGGAGUCCGAAGUUUACUCCAAGCUCUCGAAUCACCCGGAAGUAUGUCCAACAAAAGACUAUGGCAAACCAUCGUGGAGGCGCUGCGCGUGGCGAAUUUACACGAGCCUGAACGCUCCGUCGUGCAAGAAGUGCUCGGCGAACCGGCGACGGCGACGCGCGAGAAAAUUGAAGAGGGCUCGACGAUGGCUUAUGAGCUCGCGGUCAUAGUGGCGAACUCGCCUCCGCCGGAUGCACCGCCGCCUUUACCCAGAUACUGGUCUCCGCGAACGAAAAAGAAUUAA